AUGGGCAAAGCAGGCAGAGUAGCGUGUAUCUUCACGCCCAUGGCCCUGACGCUUGCGUCUUUGAUCUGCAUUAUCCUCGUGGGCAUGGGCGGAACCAACAAGAAUUCUAGCACAUUAAACAAUCUCUACUUCUUCAAGGCCAAUGCGCAAAACGUAACAUCGAGCCUAGAAUCCCUCGUUGCCAGUGAAACAGGCAUCAGCUCUUCGGACUUGUCCGCUGCAUUGUCCAGCACCGGCACCAACCUGACCACCGCGCUGGGUCUCAAGGACUUUUACACCGUGGCACUAUGGAACUACUGCGACGGCAGCAUCACCACUUCCUCCUCCAGCAGCAACAAAUCCAGCCAACACCAAGUCGACCACGUCGAAUAUUGUUCCCCGCGCAAGGCAGAAUUCUACUUCAACCCCGUCCAAGUCUGGGGCCUGGACAACAGCACCAACUCCUCCUCGUCCGCCUCUUCUUCUUCAUCCUCAUCCUCUCAGCUCUCAGAAAUCGAAUCCAAAAUCCAAUCCGAGAUCCACAGCUACCUGCACGACAAGAUCUACAACGAGUCCUUGAAAAAGGGCCUAGCGACAUACAAGGCGGUCGCGAAAUGGAUGUUCAUCGCCUACGCCAUUGCCUUUUUCGCCACCAUCGCCGAGUUCAUCCUCGGAUUCUUUGCCAUUUUCUCCCGCUGGGGCAGUUUCGUCACGAGCAUCGCCUCGACGGUCGCCUUCAUCUUUACUCUUGCCGCCUCAAUCACUUCCACGGCCCUGUACGCUUCGCUCGCAGGCACCUUUGACAGCGCGCUGAAGAAAUACGGCAUCCACGGCUCCAUGGGAAAGCAAAUCUACGUUACCACGUGGCUGGCAGUCGCGUUCGCUGCCGCAGCCGGAUUGUUCUGGGUCCUCAGCACCUGCUGCUGCUCCGGCCGCUCCUCUUCUUCUUCUCCCUCGAAGCGAGGCAGAACCCGCAGCCGUGGAGAAAAGGAUGGUCCUAUCCCCAUGAUGACCGGCGGGGCCAGCGGCACUGGCGCCGGCGCGCCUCUCCGGCCAGGCACCUAUGGCUACGACCGUGUUCCGAGCCCGUACAUGGGCCACGAUGAUGGCCAGUACCACGGAGGAGUAGCACCGGCAGCAGGAGCAGGAGGAUUCCCGCCGCACACGGAUUACACGGGGUAUAAUCCCAGCCACAAUAUUGGCACAGCUAUGCCGUAUGAACCAUAUCGGCACCGCGAAGCUGUUUAG